GUUGACCCAUUUUCUCAAUUUCUCAAAUGCUUACGAAUUCUUAUUAACCUUUUAUUGAAUAAAUUUAUCAACGUCUUCGUUUUGCGUACAGUUUAUUAUUAGUCGAAGUAAAAAGCGAGUUUUUUUUUAAGAAUACGACACUGAUCUGAAAUAUUUCAUUUUUCAGUGACACAAGUCAUACCAUAGCUGAACAGUUCUUUUAUUCGGUAAAAAGAGUUUUUCAGUGAUUUUGGUGAACCAUAGGGAACAUUUGAGUAGAUCUGCCAGUAAAAGGGUGGCUAUAGAACGGGAGAAGAAGUAUAUUCAUUGUGUAUUUGGCGUUCAACAUUUGUCGUAGUUUUUUCAAAAUGUUUGCCUUGUGGUAUGGAACUAUUACUUACCGACAGUACAGAAAAGCCAUUAUGGUUGACGCCGCAGUUUUGGAAAAACUUGAAAGUGGAUUCGCUAAGCUCAAGGAAUCUAACUCAAAAUCCCUCUUGAAAAAACAUCUAACCCAAGACAUUUUUGACAAUCUCAAGACUAAAAAGACUCCCUCAUUCGGUUCCACACUUCUUGAUGUCAUUCAAUCCGGCCUGGAAAACCAUGAUUCUGGAGUAGGUAUUUACGCCCCCGAUGCUGAAGCUUACACCGUUUUUGCUGACCUCUUUGACCCCAUCAUCGAAGACUACCAUGGUGGAUUCAAAAAGACCGACAAGCAUCCUCCCAAGAACUGGGGUGAUGUAAGCGUUUUUGGUGAUCUCGAUCCUACUGGCGAAUAUGUAGUAUCCACCCGUGUCAGAUGCGGACGCUCCAUGGAAGGAUACCCAUUCAACCCAUGUUUAACUGAAGAACAAUACAAAGAAAUGGAACAAAAAGUUUCCAGUACUCUUUCUGGACUUGAAGGUGAGUUGAAAGGUACCUUCUACCCAUUGACUGGCAUGAGUAAAGAAGUUCAACAAAAACUCAUCGAUGAUCACUUCUUGUUCAAAGAAGGUGAUCGUUUCUUGCAAGCUGCUAACGCUUGCAGAUUUUGGCCUUCUGGACGUGGUAUCUACCACAAUGAUGCCAAAACAUUCUUAGUUUGGUGCAACGAAGAAGAUCACCUUCGUAUUAUCUCAAUGCAAAUGGGAGGAGACUUGGGAACUGUCUAUAGACGUCUCGUAACUGCGGUAAAUGAUAUUGAAAAGAGAAUUCCUUUCUCUCACAAUGACAGGCUUGGUUUCCUCACUUUCUGCCCAACUAACUUGGGAACAACUGUUCGCGCUUCUGUCCAUAUUAAGGUACCAAAAUUGGCCGCUAACAAAGCCAAGCUUGAAGAACUUGCUUCAAAAUACAACCUCCAAGUUCGUGGUACCCGUGGUGAACACACAGAAGCUGAGGGAGGUGUCUACGAUAUCUCAAACAAGAGACGUAUGGGUCUUACAGAAUUUGAUGCCGUCAAAGAAAUGUACGACGGUAUCCAAGAAAUCAUUAAAAUUGAGAAAGAAUUGUAGACUUCCUAACGAUUCGUGAUUUCAAAAUAAUUGUAAGCAAUGAUGAUGAUAUAUAUAUAUAUAUAUAUAUAUAUAUAUAUAUAUAUAUAUAUAUAUAUAUAUAUAUAUCGUUGUCCAGUUGUAUUUUCUAAAGUAUCUCGUUUGCCAAAGGUGUCAUCAGAGAUUGCUUUUAAAAUGCUCUAUUAAGUUUUUGAAAUAUUAAGAUAUUGAUAUAUCUAAAACAGCUUCAUUCUAGUCGUCGAUACUUUUUUAAAUAGAUUAUUUGGUAAUAAAAAUGUCAAACAGUGAAUUUUCUUUUUAUUUUUCAUAAUUUAUUUUUGUUUUGACUCUGAAAAUAUAAGUAUUAUUUUAAAAAUUGAAUAUGUUUCAUAUUAUACCUUCUUCAUCUUGUAGAGAGAAAUCAUUUUCGAUAUGAUCCCAAAUUUCUUAUUAAUAAUACUUGAUAAAGUUAUUAUAUACACUAGAUAGAAAAUUUGAUUAGAAUUGAUAAAAAGUUAAUAACCACUAUUUAAAAAGUCCCUAUAAUAUAUGUUAAAAAUUCAAUCAAAAAGACAAUCAAUCAACACAAUUACAGUUGCUUUUGGAAGAUUUUUUCAGAAUAAUCUGAAAUUGUGGGACCACAUCGAUCUGAAGUAUUCACAGAGGAAAUAGAACUACCUGAAGACAAUCCUAAUGUCUCAUUGACUAAUCUUUCUUUUUGAAUUUAAAUUUUAGCUGUUUCUAUUUUUGCAAACCUGAUCGUUUGUUAAUUUUCAUUUGCCCUUCCGAGGUUUUCCAGUGUAACUAUUUUAACAAACUCAAAUUUUAAAUAAACAGAAAAU